GAAAAUGUUUCCAUCGAGAUUUUUACUGCACAAUCGCAAUACGGACAAUCAAAAACACACCAACGGAAAAGCUACAACCGCCAAGAUAACUGCCAUGUGCGUACUAUUUCUAGCUUCCUUUAUCACAGGAUUGCUACCAAUAAAGUUAAAUCAAUGGUUCAAUUGGAGCUCCCAUCCAACGACCACCUCUUUCGUUAAAAUAAUUCUUGGUAUAGGAGGUGGUGUUCUUUUAUGUACGACAUUCAUACACAUGUUACCAGAGAUCAGUAAAAAUUUUAAUGACCUUAACGUCACCCCAGGAAUAGAGGUACCUUACGCAGAGCUACUGUUGUGUGCCGGAUUCUUUAUGAUGUACUCAAUAGAAGAGUUUGUGCGUACGUAUAUGCUUAGUUGUAAGCCAGCCUCAAAUUCUCAGGAGAUAAUAGAAGUAGCAUUAAAGACAAGCAUUUCUAGAGGACUUGAAUCUGCGCGUACUGAGGAACAAGUUAAUAUAUCUACAGAUUCAUAUUUGAUAACUGAGAAUACCACAGCAGCGAUUAUUAGAGGUUUGUUACUAACUCUAGCCCUGUGUAUACAUGAACUAUUCGAGGGUCUUGCUGUGGGUUUGGAGAACUCUCCUCGUAAUGUUUGGUACAUGUUUGCAGCUAUCAGUGCGCACAAGUUCGUGAUAUCGUUUUGUAUAGGUAUGGAAUUAGUGAUAUCUGGUAUAAAAACUUACUUAGUUAUUAUUUACGUAUUUAUAUUUUCAUUUGUAAGUGCAGCUGGAAUAGGUAUAGGAAUAUUAGUUAGUAAAAUUGAUAAUACUGCUACUCUAGUGUCUGUGAUAAUGCAAGGAUUGGCUGCAGGGACCCUGUUGUAUGUAGUAUAUUUCGAGCUUUUACAAGGUGACAAAAGGAGUGGUCUGAAACAGUUUGGGGCUGUUUUGCUUGGGUUUAUUUUAAUGUUCGGAGUUUCUUUAAUAGAUAUAUUAAAUAUAUAUUAG